CGCGAGCCGCGCUUGUAAACAGUCCGCCGCGCUGGGACGGUCGGCGGCCGCGCGCGCUGUCACGGUGAGGCGGGCUUGCCUGAGGGCGAGCUCCGGCCGGGAGUAGGCUGCGAGCCCCGCAGCUGAGGGGAGAGCCCCGGCCGGCGGCCAGGAAAUCAAGGAUUGCAUGGCAUUGCUUUGACAAGCACUUCCUGUUAUCUUUACGGAGAUCUCAAUGAAGAAUAAUCUUGAAGGAGCAUUUGUCUUCCUGUACUUCUGCUAAUGGCCAUUAGCUGCUAGCAAAUGCUUUUAAUGACUGAAAAAACAUCGACUAUACUUGUGCUCCGCCUGCUCUAGGCAGUCAAAUGAAGGUUUCUUUCAGUUGUUUUGGAACUCUAUUGCUGAAGCACAGCUCUCUUUGUUGGGUGAAUGAGUGUUCAUGAAGCCCUUUCCUGAACCAGUGGAGGAGCCUUAGGCUUCGUGAAGCCUGCAACAUGGAAGCUUUGGAAGUGGAUGAUAUCAGCCCAGCCUUGGAAGUUACUGAAGAUUUCUUUAGUACUUUUGACAGUAAGCUAGAAAAGGCUGUGCAGCAAGCCGAGGUUUAUGGGAUUCAGGAAGUCCCUGAAUUGGUGGGGCACGAGGUACUCACUAACAUAACGGACAAUGGUGCUAUCAGACAUGUUGCGUCCUUGGGCAAGGGGGGCCUGCUUUGGGACCACUGUAAGAGCAGGCUCUUAGGAACCAAAGCUCAGAAUGUCUUCCCUGCCAAAGAACAGUUUAUGGUUCAGAAAGGGACAGCCCCAGAUAAUCUUUCCUGGAUGGAACAAAAGGAAGCAUCGACCUUUAACUUUUUCAAUGUGUGUCAGCGUCGGAGGGACAGGCCUCGUUCCGUCAAUGACUUACUGGAUGAGACCUCUACUUUUAAGCCGGGUCAUGCUCGGUCAAGGUCAGAUGUCACCCAGGUGGACUGGAGGCUAGUCCUCCAAACCAUGCCUCUGGAGCAGCAGCCACCAUGUCUCCGGGGCCCUCAUUUCGCCAGGCCCGCUUUUCUGUCGUCCUCACCAAAUAAGGUCGAAGAUGCUCAAGGCAAUACUGAACACAAGCAGGCAUUCCCAAACAUUCUGAAGAAGGGGUACCUGGAGAUUAGGAAGGACCAUGACAGUUACUGGCAAAGCUGUUACGCAGAGCUCUCCCCGUACAACUUGUACUUCUACAGCCUCGACAGCAGUGGCAAUCAAGCCCUCUAUGCCACCUACCAGCUUUCACACUUCCAGAGCAUAUCUGUUUUGGGCAACCUCGAGGCCAGGCUGGUGGAUACCGUUCUGUAUGACAACACUCAGCUGCAGUUAAAGGCAGAAUCACCAUGGGAGGCUUUGGACUGGGGGCAGAAGCUUUGGGAAGUCGUGCACGCCGCCGUGCCUGGUUACGUGGGGCGGCAGGAUGAGCUGGCCAACUCACCCGGACUUGGUCAUCACGUUGACUGUACACAGAAUCACUCUUUACAGAAGAAAUCCAGUGAGCUGCUCGCACCAUCCCCUGUCUUGGAUAGCCCCAAACAAUAUGAAAACAUUAUCAAGUCAGGGACGCUAUACAGGCUCACUGUCCAGAACAACUGGAAGGCAUUUACUUUCGUGCUGAGCAGAACCUACCUUAUGGCUUUCCAGCCUGGCAAGCUAGAUGAGGACCCCCUGCUAAGCUACCAUGUGGACGUGUGUCUGGCUGUCCAGGUGGACAACCUGGACGACUGUGACUCUUGCUUUCAAGUCAUCUUCCCCCAAGAUGUGCUCCGCCUCCGCGCAGAGACCCGGCAGAGGGCUGAGGAGUGGAUGGAGGCUCUGAAAACAGCAGCCAAUGUGGCGAGGAGUACAGAGCAAAACCUGCAAGUCACCCUGAGAAGCAAACCCAAGGAUCAGAUGGGUGGGCACGAAUUCAGGAAGAACAAACGUCAGUCUGUGACCACCAGCUUCCUCAGCAUUCUCACAACUUUGUCUUUGGAGCGAGGACUCACUGCUCAGAGUUUCAAAUGUGCAGGAUGUCAGCGAUCCAUAGGUCUCUCCAGUGGGAAGGCCAAGGUGUGCAGUUACAGUGGGUGGUAUUACUGCAGCGGCUGCCACGUGGACGACAGUUUCCUCAUCCCGGCACGCAUAGUCCACAACUGGGAUACUUCAAAGUACAAGGUAUCGAAGCAGGCCAAAGAGUUUCUGGAGUACGUGUACGAAGAGCCCCUGAUCGACAUCCAGCAGGAGAACCCCAUGCUGUACCUGCACGCUGAGCCACUGGCCACCGUGGUGCGGCUGCGGCAGCGGCUGAAAUCUCUGCGAGCCUACCUGUUCAGCUGCCGGGCCGCCGUGGCCGAGGACCUGCGCCGCAGAAUUUUCCCCAGAGAAUACCUCCUUCAACAGAUCCACCUGUAUUCCCUCGCUGAUCUGCAGCAGGUGAUAGAGGGGAAGCUGGCUCCAUUCUUGGGCAAGGUCAUUAAAUUUGCCACCUCACACGUGUACAGCUGCAGUCUUUGUAGCCAGAAGGGGUUCAUCUGUGAAAUCUGUAACAAUGGAGAGAUCCUCUACCCUUUUGAAGAUAUUUCAACAAGCAGGUAAUGAAGCGUGUUCAGAUUCAUUUUUAGAAUGAAGAUCCGGGAGGAAGAAUCCUCACAACACUUCAGGGCUAAGUGACAGGCCAUGGGAAAUCGCAGACUUAGAGUAAGGCUAAAACUGGACCGACCGCCAGGAAUAAAACUACAAGACACUGGGGAACAGCUCUCUGGCUCACCACAUGCUUUUCUCCACAGAUGCGCUGCAGUGUGGUGAUGAAAGUUUUAGGAUCCAAAGGAGAGAAAAGUGGGAGUUUGUGUGGGAUUAUUUUUCUAACCAAAGUAAUAUUUGGGCAUCAUCACAUUCAUUGAUUGAUGGAUGAUUUUCUUCUCCCACUAACUUGAGAGUGGGGUUUUUUACUAUUGCUUUUCUUGAAUCACAAAAUGAUACAUAUCACUUUUCCUUUUAUUCUAAAAGCAUCAUAGAAAUAUAUACCGUUUAUGUGUCUGUGCACUGGCUUCUUUGGCCAUGAAAUCAUGCCUCAUUUCCCACCCAGCAGGGCUCACUUACACUGUGGUUCAGAACAGAAGGGAAGGCACGUAGCCAGGGCGGGCUGAAGCAUGUAGAGUGAAGAGAAGAUAUUAAGAGUUGACUCAGCCCUUCUGGCCUCUUCUUAAACCCAAAGACUCUUUGUAAACAUAGACUCUUUGUAAACUUUGGAACUUGGGUUGGCCCCACACACAGAAAGACACACACACACACACACUCCAACCUCAUUUCCUGAAUACAGGUCCCCAACUCUUAGCCUAGAGAUUAUAGACUUCUUUAAAAUGUACACCACACAAAAACUUGUACACAGAUGUUCAUAGCAGUAUUCAUAAUAGCCAAAAAGUGGAAACCGCAUAAAUGUCCAUUAACUGAUGAAUGGAUAAACAAGAUGUGGUAUAUCCAUACAAUGGAAUACAAUUCAGCCUGAAAAGGAACCUGACUGAUACAUGCUGCCAGUGUAGGUGAACCUCAAAACCAUUACGCCAGGUGAAAGAAGCUAGUCACAAAGGGCCACAUAUUUUAUAUUCUGUGUAUAUGAAAUGUCCCAAAUAGCCAAAUCCAUAGAGAAAGAAAGUAGAUUAGUAGUUUCCCGGGACAUCAGGGAAACGAAAGAGAGUAACUCCUACUGGGUACAGAUUUGUUUUAGGGGGGACAGAAAUGUCCCGGCAUUACUGUGGUGAUGGUUACAAGGUCUUUUUUGAGUAUGUUAAAAAUCAGUGAAUUGUAUACUUUAAAAGAAUGAAUUUUAUGGUAUAUAUAUAUUGCAAUCAAUGUUUAAUAAAAAAAUUAAAUUAAAAAAUGCUUCCAGGGUGCCUGGGUGGCUCAGUGGGUUAAGCCGCUGCCUUCGGCUCAGGUCAUGAUCUCAGGGUCCUGGGAUCGAGUCCCGCAUCGGGCUCUCUGCUCAGCAGGGAUCCUGCUUCCUCCUCUCCUCUCUCUGCCUGCCUCUCUGCCUACUUGUGAUCUCUCUCUCUGUCAAAUAAAUAAAUAAAUAAUCUUUUAAAAAAAAUGCUUCCAACUGUAUAAACCAUAUGCUAGGUCACAAAACAAGCUUCAAAUUUUUUUUGAAAGAUUUUAUUUAUUUAUUUGAGAGCAAGAGAGAGAGUGAGCAAGCACAAGCAUGGGGGAGGGGCAGAGGGAGAAACAAACUCCCCACUAAACAAUUACCAAAAUUGGGUAAUUUGGGACCUGAUCCCAGGACCCUGUGAUCAUGACCUGAACCGAAGGUAGACACAACCAACUGAGCCACCCAGGUACCCCACAACUUUCAAUAAAUUUUUAAAAAAUUGAAACCAUAUCAAGUAUAUUCUCUGAUACAUUGAAUUAAGAUCUUCAAUAGAAAACAGUCUGAGAAACCCUAAGAAAUAUUUGGAAAUUAAACAAUAUACCCUAAAAAAUUCUAUGUCAGAGAAAAAAUAAAUUAUGAGAGAAAUAUGAAAUAUUUUUAAAUGAAUGAAAAUGAAAUAUAACAUGUCAAAAUGUAUGGAAUGCUGCUAACAUAGUACUUAGAGUGAAACCUACAGCUAUAAACAUACCAUGAAAAACUUGUCAGAAAAAAAAAGAAAAAAGGUCUCAAAUCCAUUACCAAAAAACUCCACUUUAAGAGUCUAGAUAACAAAGAGCAAACUAAAUCCAAACCAAGCAGAGGAAAGGAAAGAGUAAAGAUUUGAGCAGAUAUCAAUGAGAUGAAAGAUAGAAAAAGAAUACAUCAAUGAAACCACAAGUUGGUCUUUGGAAGAAUCAAUAAAAUUGAUGACUCUUUGGCUAGGACCAAGAAAUUAAGAGAAAAGACACAACUACUCAAAAUCAGGAAGGAAAAAGCAAUUAAAAAAAUUAUAAAGGGAUAGCAUAAAUGACUUUAUUCCAACAAAUUAGACAGCUUAGAUGAAAUGGGUAAAUAUCUAGAAAGACAAGUUACCAAAAUAGACUCAAGAAGAAAUAGAAAUAUGAAUAGCCCUAUAACAAGUAAAAAAACUGAAUUAGUCGUUUUUAAAUCUUCCCAUAAAGAAAUAAGAUGGCCUCAUGGAUUAAUUUUGUUGAAUAUUUAAAGAAAUAAUACCAGUCCUUCACAAAGGGAUAAAGAGAGGCAUUACCUAAUGAUAAUGGGGUCAGUUUUCCAAGAAGACACGAUAGUCAACGUGUACGAGCAGAGUCAAGAUACAUGCGGCAAAAGAAUCAAUAGAACUAUGAGGAGAAACAAACCCACAACUAUACAUACAUCUCCACUAUUAGUGAGACUUCAACACCUGUCUGUCAGUAAUUGACAGAUCCAGCAGCAAGAAAUCAGCUUAUCAUUAAACUGAAAGGCACUAUCAAUCAACUGGAUCUAAUUGACGUCUUUGCCAAUUCAUGUUGUUCAUCCAACAACAACAGAAUAUGCAUUCUUCUCAAGCUCACAUGAACGUUUUAACAAGAAAGACCAUAUUCUGAGCCAUAAAAUACAUCUGAACAAAUUUACAAAAAUAGAUAUCAUGCAAAGUACGCUCUCAGGCCAUAAUGUAAUUAAACUAGAAAUCAGUAACAGAACAAUACCUACAAAAUUCCAGCGUAUUUGGGGGUUAAUGAUAUAUCUCUAAAUAACAUAUGAAUUGAUAAUUUAUGUCCACACAAAACCUUGCACACAGAUGUCUAUAGUGUGUCUACUCAUAAUCGCCAAAAACUGGGAACAACCAAGAUGUCUUUCAUGUGUCAAUGGAUAAAUAAACUGUGGUAUAUCCAUGCAAUGGAAUAUUUUCCAGCGAUUAAAGAAAUGAACUAUCAAACCACAAAAGGACACAGAAGCAACUGAAAUGCAUAUUACAGAGUGAAAGAAGCCAGUCUGAAAAGGCUACCUACUGUAUGAGUCCAACCAUAUGACAUUCUGAAAGGGGCAAAACCAUAGACAGUAAAAAAUAAAAUAAAAUCAGUGAUUACCAGGGGCUCCACGGUACAUAAGGAAAGAUGAAUAGGUAAAGCACAGGAAUAUUUUGGGGCAGUAAAGUUAUUCUUCCCAUUACACAUUUGUCAAAACCCAUAGAACUGUACAACACAGAGUGAACCUUAGACUGUGGACUUCAGUUGAUAAUAAUGUAUCAGUGUUAGUUCAUUCAUCAUAACCAAUUUACCACACUAAUGCAAGUUUUUGAUAAUAGAGAAAACUAGGGGUGAGGGUAGUAAUAUGGAGACUCUGUACUAUCUACUCACUUUUUGUCAAUCUAAAACUGUUCUAAAAAAUAAAGUCUAUUAAAAAAAAAACCCACAACACAUUCAACUGAACAGUUGACUCAAAUACCAAAGCUGAUCAAUGUUAAUAAACUUUAUUAGAACAAUUUUAGACUUAGAGAAAAAUCAUAAAGAUGGUAAAGAGAAUUUCCAUAGACCCUAUACACAGUUUCCCCAUUUACAUCUUACUUUAAUAUGGUAUAUUUGUUUUAAUUCAUGAAUCAAUAUUGAUACAUUAUUAUUAGCUAAAGUCCAUAGCUUUUUCAGAUUUCCUUAGUUUUUACCUAAUUGGUUUUUUUCUGUUCCAGAAUACUACAUUAUAUGUAGUUGUAACAUCUCCCUAGGCUCUUCUUGACUGACAAUUUCUCACACUUUGUUGUUAGGACAUUGACAGUUUUGAGGAGGACUAGUCAAGCAUUUUGUGGAAUCCUUCUGUGGGGAUGGACUUAAUGUUUUUCUUAUGAACAGACUGGGCUUUACGGGCUUGGGGAGGAAGACCACAGACACAAAGUGCCAUUCUCGUGAUCCCAUCAGACCACGGGCACAUAAUGUCAGCGUGACUUACCACUGCAGUGUUUGUGUCCGGUGUUUCCACAGUAGGAUCUCUUCCCCUCCCCACCUUUUCCAUAUUAUCCAACACUUAAAGAGUGAAGGUUAUGCUCCAGUUCCCUCAGGAGUGGAGUUUAUACAAAGUUAUUUGGAAUUCUGCCUGUGUGAUUUGUCUCUUCUUCCCAUUUAUUUUUUCAAAGUAUUUCUUUGUACCAGCAUGGACACAUGCAUAUUUAUUUUACAUUUUGGGUUAUAAUCCAAGAUUACUUAAUUUGUUUCUCACACUAUUCUAGCUUUGGCCAUCCAGCUCUUGUAGCUGGCUCCUGCAUCACUUUGAUAUACUCAAAUCAUUGUGCGGUUUUUUAUUUUGUACUUUCUCAUGCUACCAGAUGGCCCAGCCUCAUCAUAUAUAUUUCUUGCCCUAAUCCUAGAAGUAGCCAUUUCACCAAGGAGCCCAGGUUCCUUUUAUUGGAGAAUAUGAAACCAACAUGAGUUGCUAGGUUGCACACACAUUUUUCAAGGCCCUCGGUCCCAGGAUUCAUCCCAUGACUAAGGGAGAGAUGCUUCCCUCUGACUACAUAUCAGAAUCUCCUGUGAGACUUAUUGGAUUCUUUUUAAUACUCUGAGAAUCUGUCUUCAAACGUGCCCACAUGUGAUUCCGCAUCACAGCCAGAAGAAUCACUCCUCUAAGAUAGCUGUGACCAUGGGCGGAGGUGCCAGAUUCUUAUUAUCAGAAUGACCACAUUAGCACAUCUGUGGAUUGAGGGAAUCCUUUAGCCAGCAGGAAGGAAUAUGUCACUGUUCAGAAUGUUCUGUUUCUCUCUUGGUCAAAUGCAACUCUCUAAGCUUGGACAAAUGUCUAAGAGCAAAGGAGUCCUCACCAGCCUCCCUGGCAUUCCAGGUUUGAUAAUACUUUCCAGGAACUCAUUGAUCUUUUUCUUGGUGUUCAGUUUCCAGUUAAACACAGGGAACAGUUUGUGCAAGUCUCUGGGAAAGGACAAAAAUAAACACUAAUAAAAGAUUUAUUAAAGGAAAAAUUUUAAUCAGAAGUUGAGUUGCAGGGCCACCUGGAUGGCUCAGUCGUUUAAGUGUCUUGACUCUUGAUUUCCGCUAAUGUCGUGAUCUCAGGGUUGUGAGAUUGAGCCCCAUGUGGGCUCUGCACUGGGUGUGGAACCUGCUUCAGAUUCUCUCCCUCCCUCUCCCUCUGCCCUGCCCACUCCAAUUAAAAAAAAAAAAAAAUCAAAUUGUAGUUUAUAAACAUGUCCAUAAAGAUAUGCUGAAUAAAUAAAUGUGAUAAAUAAAAAUAAAUGUGAAUAAUGGGGUAAUUUUUUAAAUUUACAUAUAACUGAAAUUUUUAUAUGUAAAGUAAUGUGAAACCUGGGAUUUGCUUCAAAAUAAUCUGAUGGUGGCAAAAAAUAAUAAUGUGACCGUGGAGAAGAGGGAAUAGAUAUAAAUGAAAGAUAAUUGUUGAAGUUAUGUGAUAGCUAUGCAGGGAUUAUUACACUAGUCUCUCUAUUUUUGAACAUGUUUGAAAUUUUCCAUUAUUACGUUAAAAAUCUAUCAGUAAAAAAUCAUAGAUAUGAUGCAUUUAGUGUAUUCGUCACCAUAUAUCCUCGACCACCUUGCUAAAGUCAACACCUCUGUGUCCUCAGAAGUUUAAAUACCAUUUGAGCAGCAUAAUUGCCACUCAGUUAAAAAAAAAAAAAUUCCACAAGCACUGAAACUAUCCAUUCUUUGAAUAAAUGAUUUAUUGAACAUGCUGUGUUUGUGCAUUGGGCUGGACUCUGGAGACACACAGUGAACAUGGCUGCUCCUCGCUCACAAGCAGUUGUGAGUUUCUACUAAGAGACUGGGCCAUUAGGUGGUUGUGUGGAAGUGUUGGAGGAGCCUCGGUCUAGGGGGUAGACCUGGAGCUCCAAGAAGGGGCAUCGCCCAUAGGAGUCAUGGACAUUGUAGGUGAGAAAGCAGUUGCACGAUUUCUAAAACUGUGAGAGAGCUCUAUGUUGAACUCGAAAGCACUGACCUAUAUAUUUCAGUAUUAGAAUAUACUGGGUUCUAACAUGCAUAAUUGAUUAUGACCAUGUGUCAAACACAGGUCAGCUCUGUAGACUUUCUUUUCCUUAUUGAAUUGUUAUGCAGGAGGAAGCUUCAUGAAUAUGUCAUUUAACAAUCGAGUCCUAGUAUUAAUUUUUAGAGCAUGGUCUCUGACAGACCGAGAGACAGUGUUGGGGUUGAACAGACGUGGCGCUAAUAUGUACUGGUCCCGGUGCCAACAGUUUACAUACCUCGUCCUUUCGUUCUCAGGCCAGUCCUCUGAGGGAAUCCUGUCCCUUCCAUUUGAUAAUGGGGAAGCCUAGGUUCAGAGGAGGCAAUGAACUUGACCCAAGAGAUAAAGCCAAAACUGGAACCCAGAUACCUCUGACUCCAAAAUCCAUGCUUUUUCCAUUAACCAUCACAGUUUCUUCUAUACCUAUAGUCUUCAGACCGUUUUUGCAGUAUACCCCCUAAAAGACUGUGAAGAUAUUAACAUCCCUCUGUCAUUAAAGAAGGCUCCCCCAAACUGUUAUUUUGAGUUCUCCCUAUAUGUGCCAUCCUGAAAGUUUUUACACUUGGAGCAGUAGGACAGAGUUCGAUUAGGGUGGGGGUAAGAUACUACGCCUUUCUUUGAUAAAAUGGCCCAUGGUGUGUGGGGAGAGACCACAGUGGAGCUCCCCGCUCUGUACAUUGCUAGGCGGGUCACGAGGCCCAGGGGUGCCUGUGGGAGCUGACAAUGUGCCUAACUCGGGCUGAGUAGGGAGAACCCCCUUUGCUGCUCUGUCCAUUUUUUUCUUUCUUUCUUUUUUUAAGAUUUUAUUUAUUUAUUUGACAGAGAGAUCACCAAUAGGCAGAGGAGGGGAGGAAGCAGGCUCCCUACUGAGCAGAGAGCCCGACGUGGGGCUCAAUCCCAGGACCCUGAGGCCAUGACCUGAGCUGAAGGCAGAGGCUUAACCCACUGAGCCACCCAGGCGACCUGUGAACAGUAUUUCUUAUGUGGGAGUGGGAGGAGCAUUUCCUGGCGAUAAAUACAGAGUCCUGGAGGCACAGGGUCAGAAUGGCCAGGAACCUCGGGGGGUCCUUCGUGUGUCCCCCUUACACUGAAUUUCAUUGUCACUCUUCUUGAGGCCUUGUCUUUUCCUAAUGAGAUCAGAGGGCUGCUUUAUCGUCCAUUCAGACGAUAAAGCCCACAGUUUUACGCUGAGGUAGUCUUUCUUCUCCAACACAAAUUAAUCACAUACCUCUCUCUGAUUUAAAUAGGAAAACACUAAAAUCCAAGUUACAGGAUUUUAAAUACAAUAGUAGGAUCCAGGAACACAGAACUUAAGCCUAAUCCAACAUUUACACUCCUAGAAAAAAGAAAGCACAGCUUUCAGAGAGACAAACAUUCUGUUAAAACAGCAAUAAAAUUCCACAUACCCUCCUUGAUAGAGAAUAAGAAAUAAAAGCUCUAACUUCCGAAUUACAAAUCAUCAGAGUAGACUGAUACCACUCUAAAACUUAAGGGAAAGCAGUGAAUAUAAAAGCAAAAAAGUCGCAUAUAUCCACAUGGUGACCCAGGACUUAAUUUUUUUUUUUUUAAACCCUUAAAUUACCUCCUCUCCCGCUUUCUUUCUGGCAUCUCUGCAUAUCAUUAAUCUUCUCUGCCUAUUAAAGACGUAAUGCUGCUGAAGAGACCAUCCUGCUACACACAUUUGUGUGAAGAUGCCAUUCCUGAAUCCUGAAAUGCUUCCAGAUCACAAGUACAUAAAUACUUCAUCUUAAAAACACUCAGCAUGCAUUUUAACAUGGAACUUACAAAAUAUACCAACUAUCAUACAUCAGUUCCAUCCUUUCUGUCUGAUCCACUUGGCUUUGUUAAUUCUUCCAUUUGACAUACAAAUCACCCCCACAAGCUUUCCAAUAUGGAAAAUAUUGCCCUUCAAGACUUUAUGACCCCCAUACCAUUUGGGGCUGUAUUUACAUGUAUACUUCUUACAGGUAUACUGUAAGAAGAUUAUACUUAAUAUUGAGUCUGGUGUGUUCCAUAUGGUGGGCAUUCCAUAAAUGGUUACUGUUUGGUUCAGCUCUCCCUACCAUAUCAUGUGCAUUCAUUAAGAACUCUGGCAAAGUUUUUUAAAUAAACUGAUUAGUUAAGAAAUUUUAAAAUAAUUGUGCCAUCUGAAAUAGAGAAGGAUUCUUUACAAUCUCACUUAUAUGUUAAAUAAAAAAAAUUUAAAAAAAAAACUUGUUGACACAGAGUUGUGGUUGUCAGAGGCAGGGGGUAAAGGUGGUCAAAAGGUAAAAAGUUAUAGUUAUCUAGUUAUAAGAUAAGUUCUGGGGAUGUAAUGUUCAGCAUGGUGACUUAAGAUAACAUACUAUAGCAUAUAUUUGAAAGUUUCUAAAGGAGUGGUAGAUCCUAAAAGUUCUCAUCACAAGAAGAAAAUUUUAACCACAUGAGGUGAUGGAUGUUAACUAAACAUUGUGGUCAUCAUUUCACAAUAUAUACACCUAUCAACUCGUUGUGUUGUACACCAGAAACUAAUAAAUGUUAAAUGUCAAUUAUAUCUCAAUAAAAUUGGGGGGACAUACUGCAAAGAUAGAGGAGUACAGUGAAAGUCUGAGUUCACUACUUUAUACAUAAGCUUUACCUGUAAACUUGAAGCAACUGACCUACUGUUGAAAGUGUUUCCGUGUGUGAACAUCAGCCUGUUCGGGUUCCCAACAUUCACUUGCCCCAGGGAAGGCAUCCAGGGGAAGUGUUCUUCUAUUGAGGGGAGGUCAUCUGUAGCUCAGCGGUUACUCUUCUAAAAAGGUUCUGUGUUUUUUGAAGCACUAAGGUUUAGAAAAGCAGAAUGAGCAUAACUUGCCAGUUUUUCUUUGUAUACAGUAGUUGGUCACUCCUUGCCCUCCUCCAACGAGCGCGCUCAGAACCCUGAACUUAUCAACACCAAACUCUUACCGGUUGCGUUAACAUUCUCUGACACCAUGUCCAGUUUGCACACAUUUCAAGAACAUUUCCUACAUAUGUCUAUUAAGAAUGAACACUGGCCUCAUAGAAAACCCAUAGCAGGUGAAUUUCUUUUUCAUUUGAAAAACCGAUUUUGUUAGAUUAACUUACUGAGAAAGAAGGCUUCCCAAGUCCCGUUGCUUUCAUCCACCUGGCCAAAUUUCAGAAAGGCCCAGCUUGUACUGAAGAACAUAGGCUCCUCCCAGGGUCCCAGAACCCUUGUGAAUUGGUUUUACAUUUCGUGGCAAUCCACACAACCCUGUCCCUGAGCCCCUCAGCUUAUUGCAGCCUGGUCUUUGGUCUUUGCCUUGGCACUUCUGUCCUUCCUGAAACUUCGCGCACACAUGAAGUUUCCAAACAGCUAACUGUCCUCGAACUUACAAAGGUUUGUUUAAAAGAGAGAAAGCAACUGCUUUAUUAUAAAAUAUGCGAUCACUUCUUGCCUAGAAAAUGCGGAGAUGCAUGGUUCUUCUCAGCACGACUUGAGCAGUCCACUAAGGGCUGUGUGUUCUGUGCCCUCAUUCCCUUUGAUUUGUCCCUGGAGGAUAAACGCAGAGAUGGCUUUGCCCAAAGUCGUCGCUUACUUAGGUGCCUAGAAACUCACCAAACCCCAGAUUUGCCAGCAGCCUUACAAAGACUCUUCCAUUUUUCGAGGCACCAAUUAUGGUUUGUCAUGUCUUGAAAGAGAGUUUCGUGUUUAGGCAGGAAGUUUUUGGCAGGGGUUGGGGAGCUGAUCGGAACUCCAGAGAAGAACGAGAGAGCAGCACUGCCCAGAAGCUGGUCUUUCCUUGCAGCGUCCUAUUUGUUCAGGUUUCGUUUUUGUCAGUCCUUGCACAAACAGACUGAAUACCUGGAUUAUUCCCUCAUCUGGACUCAAACACACACACAUUACAUACCCCUUUCUCACUAAUCAGCCUGACACAUUCCUUUGUUGGUAAAUGGUUCCAAAACAAACACUGUCAGUGCACCUAAUUAGCAGGUUUGUGGGCCCGCUUGGCAGUCCUGUUCCAUCCUGUUCGACAACAGACAACAGCCUUGGCGAGGUCGGGCUUAAGGGAGGGAACAGCUACCCCCCCCCCCCAAGGCAGAGACACUUUCUUAAUGAUAUUUCCUUUCUGUGGCUUUUCUUGGGAAGCAGCCACUCAGUGCGCAUUGUGACGAGGUGUGGGAUUCCUGAAACAGCUAGAGAAAGUGUGGACUCCUCGUCUAGGUAUCUUUGCUGAGGAACAAUUCGUCUCCAUCUGAUUAUUGUUUGUUCCUCUCUGUGGUAUUGAAAAGGAACUUUCUCCAUGUCCUCUGACACUGAUGAUAGAGGGUGAGAUCCCUGCCUGUGUUCUAAAAGAAUAAAUUCACAGAGAUAGAAAGACCUGUGGAGAACAUUUGGACAUUUGGGGGGCAGAAAAACUCAAGCCCAUCAAGCUCACGGGUUUUCUGAGCGGCAGAAAUAGAGUGAUGACUUACCAAGAAGCGUUCUACUCUUGGGCUCUAUGACUGCCUGCUCUUAUUUAUUGUGUCAAUGAAGGUUUUCCUUGACUUCAAAAAACAAAAACAAAAAAACCCUCAAACACAAUGCUAGUUUUUUUUGGCUUUUAAACUUUGGUCAAAGAGUAACUUGGUAAAUAACAUCUCACCUUGGCCUGUGGCUCUUAUAGUCACAUGUCAAAAUGUUUCAGAAAGUCUGCUAACACAGUCAAGACUGGUGCAAAACCCUCAGGGCUGACCUGAUGCUUUAUGCCAUUAAAUCACUUUAUAAAUACAGUGCAUUUAUAAACGCAGUCCUCGCUGGUGAGGCUGCUGCCAUUGUUUCUUGAAGUCACUUAGUCAUUUAAGUAGAUGGCUGUCAUCUCCACCUAGACACAUUUCUUACCAAGCUUCUUGUUAAGGUGUCUGGAUAAUACUGUGCGAUCAUCUUAUCGCUAAGCAGUUCAGACAAACUUUUUUUGUUGAGUUGAGUAGAGAACAAUGUUCAUCAUUGUUUAACUCAUGUUGUAAUUUUCUGACCAUAUAAAGCUGAUGUGCAUUAUAGAAAAUUUGAAAAGUACACCAAAAGUAUAAAGAAGAAGAAUCUCCAUACAUAUGUAUGCAUGUCUACUUUUUUUAAAAAUUGACAAUAUAUUAAGUACAUAGUUUUAUAUCCAGCUUUUUUAUCACAUCAUAUCAAAAUAAGUUUCUAGAUAGAUUUUUAUUGGUGGCUACUUUAACAGGAAGGAAAUUUUAUUGGUUCUAAAAUCAUUAAGAUCCAUUUAAAAAGUAGAGGCAGACUAGUCUAUAGAAAGAUCACUGGAGUAGGAAUACAAAAGUCUAGAUGUCAUCCCUAACUCUUUCCCUGAUUUGCUGUGUGACCUUUGACAAGUCACCUUCCACCUCUGGGUUUGCCUACCUGGUAUAUGACACUGUUUUAAGCUCUUACUGACAAAGAAGUUAGAACUUCAUUCAGCUCCUUUGCUUGGCAUUUUAUAUUAGUCUGUUUGCUAGUUUGUCAUGAUGUUUUUAGCAAGGUUGACUCUUUUUGAUACAAUUUACCUAUAGAGGUUAAGAUAUAAAUGCAAAUUGUGAUUCAGUCUACCACUUUGAAAUAAUAGCUCCAGGAGGAAAUGGACUUUUUUCUAUUUGCUCACUGCUCAAUUAUCUGCAUUUAGAACAGCACAUAGUAAAUGCUCAAUAAAUAAUUCAUGAAGUUUCCUUUGUUUUUAGUUUUUCAAAUCUGCACUUUUCCAUGUAUUUUAUUUUAAAUAACUUUUAAACCAAUUUCAAGGAAACUCUCUACUUAAAUGUGGACAUCACCAAGAUACAUGACUUCAUUGAAUGAUAGCUAGCAUUCUAUCAUAUGUUAGGGAUAGAUAUAUUUUUCUGGCCCAGUGGAAACAUUCAUGUCAAAAACUUGAGUCUUGCUAAGCCACUCAGAUCAUUUAACUCUCAAAACAACUUUUUGGUCAUUUUUUUAGUGUGUGUUUUUUCCUUCUCCAUGUGACUGUAAAUAAGUAACCUGAAUACACAAUAGGGAAGACAGGAGUGUUUACCUUUCCAUACAAAAAAUGUUGACUCUGCAGCCUGAGCUGUAUGUUCUGAAAUGAACUGUUUUAUGCUUCAGAAUUACAAAAGGUAAAAUAGUAACUUGGUUUUACAGUAUAUGUUUUCGAUAUUGUGAGACUUUUUUCACCUAACAAAUUAUGGGACUACAGAUAGCAAGAUCUUGUUAAAUUGGCCUUUAAAAAAUCCUUUAUUUAUUUUGGUUUUUAUCUUGGCAACUAAUGUAUAUUAUCAUGUUUGUAUUAAACCACUUCAGUAUUCUGAAUAUUAAACUGCUCAAUGGUGCCUCAGGAAUCAUUGGCAUAUGCUAUCCAUACCUAUCAUUAAUAAUCAUCUUCCAGUUCCUAAUGCUUUCAAAGUGCUUAAAAUAAAGAAAAGGCAGUCUGUAGAUGUUCAUUCUCUACCACAGUUGCCGCUUGGACUCAAUUAUGUUGAGUCUAAGCAUAGAACUUUUGUAGAAUGAGAGAGAAGCUUAGCAGUCAUCUGCCCAUCACUCCCACCCCCGACAUACACCCCCUCCUUCCACCCUCCCCAGGGAAGCCCUCAUCCCCACCCAGCACCUGGGCCUAGCUCCUGGGAGAUGCAGGCUGUUGAAUUCCAGUACAGUCCCCUUUCUGCCUCUCCCUGUCCUCACAGCACUAGCCUAAAAUUUGAGGGAAUGCACAAACUAACCUUAGGAGGGCAAAAGACUAUACUACAUUCCCUUAAC